AUGUCGGCAGAGGACAUUGGAAUGGCAAUGACAGUGUCCUAUCAAGACGACCAGGGUGUGGAUUUAAUCACGUCUAUGGAAGCGGAUGGCAAUGGCGACGAAUGCUGCGCUUUUCUCAGUAAGCACUUUCUGAACCCUCCAAGACCUAGGCCGAAUCUUAGCAAGUGCAGUGUUCGUUUCGGGAGACCGCCUGGGCCGACGGCGCCUGACCCUGAGGCAGGAGGUUUCGGCAUUGUGGGAAGGGCGAAUGGAGAGACUGAGAAGUGCUAG